CGCCAGGCUGGACUGGGAUUCGUCGGCCGGCCUGAGAGCGGGCGGAAGAGGCGGAGCGGAAGUGCGGAGAGUCGGGAGGCGUGUCCUUGGGGAGGCCGGGCCUGUGGCCACAAAGGCUGCUCCAGAAUGGAAGGUGGAGAAAGCAGUGCGGACCUCGUAAUUAACAAAAGGUUUGUCUCGGAAGCUGAGUUGGAAGAUCGCCGGAAGCGAAGACAGGAGGAAUGGGAGAAGGUUCGGAAACCUGAGGACCCCAAAGAAUGUCCCGAAGAAGCAUACGACCCCCGGUCCCUCUAUGAAAGGCUUCAGGAACAAAAGGACAAGAAGCAGCAGGAGUUUGAAGAACAGUUCAAAUUCAAAAAUAUGGUCAGGGGCCUGGAUGAAGAUGAAUCCAAGUUCCUCGAUGAAGUGUCCCGACAGCAAGCGCUGGUAGAAAAGCAGCGUCACGAAGAAGAUCUCAAGGAGCUGAAUGAAUACCGGAUAUCUUUGUCAAAGGUCGGGGUUAGUGCUGACUUGAAGAAGGAGGCAGACAAGAAACUGCCAGUAAAAUCAGAAAACAGGAGCAAAUUCUCUCAGGCAAAGCUGUUGGCAGGAGCUGUGAAACACAGAAGCUCAGAAGGUGCCAAUAGUGUAAAAAGAUUGAAACUGGACCCGGAUCCUGACCAUGAUAAGGUUCCAGAAAAACCGUCUUGCGUCCCCCUCGGCAGCAGCUCCACGGGCGGCUCUGCCAUCCACUGCCCCUCAGCCGCUGUGUGCAUUGGGAUCCUGCCCGGCCUCGGGGCUUACUCAGGGAGCAGCGACUCCGAAUCCAGCUCCGACAGCGAGGGCACCAUCAAUUCGACGGGCAAAAUCGUCUCCUCCGUGUUCCGUGGCAGCAACUUCUUUGAUGCCCCGCUCUAGGCUUCUUUGCGGCUCGCCCAGAACUGGUUUCCUUUCUCAUCCCGGUCGUUCUUUCAAAACUCACUGCUUUUUCCCCGUCUCCCUUUUUCGGAUAACACCAAAAUAAUGCACUGCGGCAGUUUUUGUCGGUGUCUCGGCCUUCCCUUUGCCCCUGCUGCCCCCCAGCCUUCUCUCUAAGACUGUGCUUAGCGUGGGACGGGGGUCUGGCCAGGAAGGAGGUGGUUCAGGCACACCCCUUGAGAAACGCCUCGGCUGGAACAAAACGCUUGACCCCUCGGAGGGUGAUGAGAAGAGUCUUAAAAGGGAAAGGGGGUGGGGGCAAUGACAAGUGGCUUUUAGAAAUAUUCUUGGAUAAGUGGCAAGCUUGCAGCAAGGAGGAGUGGCCCCUCCUGUAGGUUUUAAGUGUCAUUUUAUUAUAUAAUCGAAAGGGAUGGGAGAGGCAGCAAAAUCACACAGUGGUAAGAAAUGAGUGUUGAGAAGUGUAACCAAGUUCCCCUGUUGCAUUGGAUUAAAAAUAUCCCCAAGCAUUUUUUUUUUAUCUUGGAUUUUGCUGUUCAUGAUUCUUCACACAGUCCUGCUGUGCUUUGCCAUCAUCUCUUAGACUCCCUGCUGGCUCUCCUUGGUGGCCAAAAUUCCUCACGCAGUGGAAUUUUAAAGUUGAUGGUCAGUUACUGAAAAUCUUGGGCUUCCAUUCAAGGUUAUCAUGAUUUUUUUCCCCUGAGAAUACAAAGGGGUUCUGAAUGAAUGGCUGGGCUUAGUUUGGGGGACUACUGCAAAAAGUAUCGCUGAUAGCAGUUACAUAGCAGAGUAGCAGCUUCAUAAUGCCCAGAAAUCUGGGGUGAGGCUGGUCAGCAGCUGCGAUGCUUUGGGAGACAUGCAGCGUGUGUAGUUCAAGUUUAACGCUUCAAUUGAUGUACAAAUGAAACUUUAAUGUUUGCCCAGUUGGUCUUGUGAGCUCUGUUUGUUGAAGAAAAGCAAUUAAACCCAUGGGUGUUGGACAGGCUUCAUUGAGAAACAGCAUGCUUGCCAUGGCUGAUUUGUUAGGGACCUUUUAGGAUGCGCAUUCCGUUGUGCCGAGUUCCACCAACUUGAUGGAAAUGUUAUCAGCAUCGGAACAAAGCUAGAAGUUGUAGUAGUCCCAGGAACAAUUCAGUGCAGGUAUUCCCAUGCUGCUUUACGUCUCUGAGAACCUGGAGGGUGAAUGUAAAUUUGAUCUCCUCUUCAGUCCUCUGUCUGUUGCCUAAGGAUUGGAUUGAUCUUAAAGUCCCAGUUAUGGGCCAAGCUCAGCCUCCUUUUCCCAGCCAUGGGUAAAGGAGGGUUGAGAAAGCUACAGAAGCUUAUAGGAAAGUCAGAUACAUGUUCAUAAGAUACGGCAUUUAAAAAACAACCUCAAAAAUCCAAGAGAAGAAUCAGAGGAGUGGGAUUGCCUGCCUCUUACAUGCUGCGCGUGUCCGGGAGGAGGAAGGUAGCCUUUAUUGCAUUGUUUCUCAACCCUAGCAACUUUGAGAUGUGUGGACUUCAACUCCCAGCAUGGCUGGCUGGGAGAUUCUGGGAGUUGAAGUCCACACAUCUUAAAGUUGCUGAGAUAGAGAAACACUGCUUUAUAGGAUUUGUGUGUGUGAGAGGGAGGGGUUGCAACAGAAAUGGGGUAGAGGCACGUUUGGGCAAAAAGUCUUUUGGCACCUGAACAAUUGGAAAAGUGCAGAGAGUUGUCAGGCUGCCCUGCUUAGAAUGUGGAUGGGGGGCCACCAGGAAAGCCUCAAGUAGACUGGACAGUUGAAAAAUGAUAUCCCAGAAGGCCACAGUGGCAAACCACUUCUGUGCUGUUCCAAGACAGCAACACAGAUGUGACUGUAGGGUCCCCAGCUGCUGAGCUCAGCUUGAGAGUGUCUCUGUAAUAGGAUGUAGAGACCAGUGUCCUUUAUUGCUCACUGCCUGUCACAGGCCAUGCGGCUCCCUCCAGGUGAAACAGGCUUUGAGGAGUCCGUUGCUUGCCGAUAUCCACCUGGGGAGAGAAGACACGCCCUUUCCUUUGCAGUAACUGUGACAAACCCAGCCGGCCUCGGACUGGGGACUGCAAUCUCGGGUACGCUUUUACUACACCGUUGAUUGCAGUUGAACUUGGCGAUGAGCAGCAGCUUUGUGUACAGGAUUGCUAAUAAAAAUUUUGAUGUAUCUA